AUGGCGACAGCAGCCAGAGGGGCUUCAACAACCGGCAUUCGUAAAAGAAAUGCUUUGGGUUUUGCUUGCAUCUCUAAACCUCAAAACUUCCAUGUCAAUAAUAAUCAUUGCUUGCCAACUUCGAAUUCUAGAAAAUUGACAUUGAGAGAUCAGGAUGAAAAAGAAUGGAAUGUUAGCGCACUUGUUGCAGAAGAUAAGAUUAGACUGCUGCGACUGCCUCCCGACAUCAUCACACUAUUCCUUCUGACAAAUGUCAUUGUCUCUCGGUAUCAGAAAUGGUCUCACAUAGACGGUAUCACAAGUGGUCUAUUAAAUAGACGGUAUCACAAGUGGUCUCUUAAAUAG